ACUCGUUGAACACAUACUCAUCAUGGCGAGCAAAGAAAGAGAAAUUCUUGCCGCUUGCACAAGCGGACAGAUGUGCGCUCUAGAAAAGAUAUUCAAGGAACUCAACAUGGGACCCGACCAUCCAAAGACUCCCUAUUCAAUCGAUAAAAAUAUCCCGGAUGACCAACGCCCAGUGUCCGUCGAGGAUAUGCUGAUGGCGGCUAUCGAAGGUAAACAAGUCGAAACAAUAACGUUCCUCUGCAAGACCUUUCCCGACAGCCACUUCUACGGUGCACCAAUGCGUGCGGCGAUCCAAACUGGAGACGUCCAAGUGCUGCGUGAAGUCUGCAAACAGGAUCCGUCAGUUGCAAGCCAAGAGAUGGGCGACGACGAAACGGUCAAUGCCCUGGGGUACGCAGCUUCCAGACCCAAUGGCGACGGACUCAUCAAAGUCCUCCUCGACUCUGGCGCAAACCCUAACGAGCCGCCGCCAUUCCCCAUGCCCAGCUGCUGGAACGUCUCGGCGGCUGUAGUGGGAGGCUUGCCAACAUCGACUUUCGAGCAAUUCUUCGACGCAGGCUUCAGUUGCAACGAUCCACAUGUCGCAAGACUCGCCGUCGAGAAGAAGCGCCCAGAUGUGCUAGAGGUGCUCUUCGCCCGGGGCAAAAACAUCCCAGGCGCCUAUUUCCCCCCAAAGGAAGACCUGAUCAAAGCGGCAAACGAAACCAACAACUCCGAAAUCGUGGCAAACAUCAAUCAGCUCUAUGCAGAGCACCAGGCCAAGCCUAAAAAGGGACUUCUUACAAACCUCAUGGACAAGUUCCGUUCCUGAAUAUGCGAGAAGCGAGAGGGGGACAUUACCCAACUUGAACUCGGCCCCAACCAUACCCAAACAGUCAUUCAGCUCGUCGCAAACCAAACCCCGACCCCGGCAACAUCCGAAAUAGAAAUCAAAACAAGCUCACCACUUGCGCAGCAGUUUUGAAAUGUCCGACGGUUCAAGGGCUGUGCCAACGACGAUCGGCAGAUUGUGCAUUAUGUAGACGCAGCCUGCGUACACCACUCUGCUACAUCAAGGUAGUCUAGACUAGCUUUGCGAAUUAUAUAUCCAUGCGCUUCAGUCUUACUGUCCCUUCAAUCCUUCCAUCCUUCUAACUCGUAGGUUCUGACCUAAUCGUCGGGAGGAACAGCACGUCAUGUUUGUGGUGGGUGUGCGCUGGAGGCCGCACUGUACAUCAGUCAUCACCUAGUACCAAGCAGGUAAUCAUUGCAAAUUUCCAGACGCCGGCUCCUUCUACAGCGUUUGAUCCUAUCUCAUGUGGAAUACGGGCUGAUCUAAGCCCUAACUCUUUACCAACGACCACCUUGGGAAUCAAUAAAAUCCGCCGGCUGGUAAAUAAACGCAUAGUGCCGGACAAAAUCUACAGCAGCAGCAGCAGCAGCAGAAAGAACAAUUUGUGUCUUCGAAUUCUGCUUUUACGCGUCUCAAGACCGGGAGGUGGUGAGAUAGAUGAGUUCUCGCGCGAGUAGGUAAUGUGCGCGCAAGCAAAAAAACCCUCUGAGCUGCCUUUCUCGUCACUUCCCCCAUAUAUAUGAAAAUCGCGCGGACAUUGAGCCAGCUCCACAGCCUCAUCUAGCUACCAGUUUCCGAGAUGGGAAAAGAUGGCACACGGUGGCGAUUGUGAAGACGCCGUUUUUUCUGGAUGCGCCUACUCCGAGUUUUACUUGUUAUUUGGCGAACUAUCACGUCUUGACCUAAAUUUAUGCACUGUACCGAUGAAUUAAUGUGUAACAACAUCGAAUAUCCUCAAGAGCAUUUUGCGCACUUAACUAGAUAUGAAACACGACACCCUCGUUGCACACCUAUCUAUAGACUCCAAGCUACUAAAUCGUUAUCGCCAUCAUCUCCACCGUUCCCACACGUUCCCCCGCUGAUCCACGCAGCAGUUCAAAUGCAAUUCAUCAUCUCCAGACCUCUCUCCGUCGCAUCUCACUAUAUCGCUCUCACUGUCAUUUCGAUUGGUAAUCCGCACUCAUUUCUUCGUUCUUCGCACCCACCUUACCCCUAUCUCACCGCCUUCCCGUUCUGACUCCCUGUCUCACUUUGACUUGAAGUGGCAGAUCUUGUUUCCUCACAGCAUGUUCUCUGGCGUUUGUAGAUUUAUAGUCUCUUCUUCUUCUACUCCUGUUGGUUCUCUGUAUCCAACAGUGUGCGGAUAUACUACGAAUAUUACUGCCGUUGUAGUCCAUUAUUACACUGUUCUGUUUGCGUAGUGCAUGAUUUUACUUCAACAUAACACAUUAAACAGGUAGAAAGAAUCUGGUAUUUUCUACUUUUUUGGUCUAUGGGGUACGUACUUAAAGGACACUGCCUACUCUUCCCUUCCUACCCCCCUUCUUCUUUUUCUCCCUGUUAUCCACAACCUACUUUUGUCAGCCAAAUCGCGAAGAAGUAAUAAUGCUUAAUCUGUGCUUCUCCUCCCCUGUUCUCCCCCAUUUUACCAAGUAAUAGCUCGAACCUUGAUGUUUUGCUUCCUUGACCUUGACUUUACACCACCCUCCCCCCGGAAAUAGGUGU